AUGAGAGAAAUUGUUACUUUGCAAUUUGGGCACUUUUCCAAUUUCAUCGGCACACACUAUUGGAACAUUCAACAAACUCUGUUGAAUGAAUUCCAACCUCUCAUGAAUAAUCCGAUGGUGCCUAAUUUUCGUCCUGAAAUUGAAUCCUCUGUCUUGUACAGAGAAUCGAGAGGAGUGGGAGUUUCAAUUCAUUCCGAAAAUGAUGUUUCUACCUUCUAUCCGAGGCUUCUUGUGUUUGAUCUGAAGGGGUCAAGAGGUUCACUCAGAAAGCAAGGUUAUAAAGAAGAGCCAUAUCGGUCCAUCACACCCGAAUUUAUUGAUCAACAGAAGGAUCUUACACGAUGGGAAAAGUUAGAAGUAUUAAGAACGUUUGAAACUAAGAGACAAACAAAAUUUACAAAAAACGUCCUUGCAGCUGAUGAACAUACAAGAGAGUUGAUUGUGGAUGAAAAUGAACAAACAGAGGAAGGUGAUGACCAUCAUUUAUUUCAUGCAAACAAACAAGCUUCUUCACAUUCAGCUGCAAAACAUUUUGAACCACAACCCAAGAAACCCAAGAAGGAAUACACACGGACAGAUAUUGAGCAAGAUUUAGAGGAAAAUGUUUCAUUGUGGAGCGACUUUUUACAAGUGGAUUUUCAUUCGAAAACUAUCUGUGAGCCCGUACAAUUCCAAUUUGCAGAGGACAGCUACAACGCUCUAAACUCUCCCAACCCAAUGAAUCCAUUUGCUAUGGACAGCCCUUUUGAUAUUUACACAACAGGUAAAGAAGUGUUGCAUGGAGAAUUUAGCAGUGAUCAAUAUGAUGAUUUCACAUCUCAACUGUUGUAUUUUGUUGAGGAAUGUGACACUUUGGAUGGCUUUCAAGUAUUCACAGAUUCAUUCAAUGCAUGGGGCAUGACUUGUAGUGACUUCGCACAACUCAUCAAAGAUGAAAUCGGUACUAAGGUUCCAAUUAUCUCCUAUGCAUCAUCACCAUAUAUUCCAGAUUUUGCAUCCGAUCAGGAUCGGUUGAAAUUUAUCAUGAAUACAUGUCUCACCUACGCAGACAUGUAUCAAAACACAAGCUUAUUCAUCCCAAACACUUGUCAACAACUACCGGGUGUUUUAGUGAGCGAAUAUAUGACGCAUCAUUUUAAUCCAAAGAAAUUGUAUCACGCUUCCUCAGUUCUUGCUUCUGCAUUUGAUUCAGUUUCAUUAUCUUAUCGCCUUAAUGGUACUUCAAAUAACAAGCAAACGGAUCUUUACACAUUAAUCCAGGAAAUGUCACCAUUGAACGCUCUACGUGUUGUCAACAUUAACCUCGCAUUUCCAUAUCGAUUCAAAGCAGGAACAUCACUUUUCCAACAUUUUCGAAGUGCUAGGCCUAUUCAUCAAAACGAACAUUUUGUUCCACUUCUUUCUCAAAUCGCUACUGGCUUUCAUGCUCAUGAUCCUCUUGCUCAAUCACUCCUUAUUCGUGGAUUGACACCUGUCAACGUGCCACUUUAUCACCAAAGUGAUUUGCAGGAAUUGGACGAAAUUCGAAUGAAGAGAUUCGGAGGAGAAGAAUUGGAAAAGCACAAACAUUUAAUUGGAUGUAAUUCUCAUUUCGAAAUGAUCGAGGGCUAUAUGAAUCAGACACGUUGUUUCUCAAAGCAUGCUUUCCAUGUCAAUCAACCUUUUAAGCUUCCAUUUACUUUCCCUCAAUAUCUCAAUAACUCGUUACUGAGACGAGAUGGACUCAUUCGUUCACACGCAUCCUCAGAAGAGGAAAAUGAAAGAGUUGAGACAUGUCCUUUCGGUACUCAUCUUUCAAACAGUAGAAACUUUAGCAAACAUAUCCAUGAAUUGACCAAAUAUUUCGACACCAUAAGCGGAAGCUCUGCCUCACUUUCUGUGGGAGGUUCAGGACUCACCACCUAUCGCUACAAUCUCUCGCCAGACGAAUUGAAAGAAUACAAGGAAAUUCUUGGAAGAAUGUUGGAUAAUUAUGAAGACGAAGAGGAAGCCGACGAAGAUUUCGAAGACGAAGUGGAAGCCGAACUCGAACAAGAUUGA